UUCUGCCUCUCUCUCCUUCUCUGUCUCUCUCUCUCUCUCCUUAGGCCGGGUCCCGGUCGAGCAGGCAGAGCCUUCUCCUUCUCGGCGCCACAACGCCUUGCUCUGCUUUCCCUCAGGCCCGGCCUCUUCCUGGGAGGUUGUCAGCGGUCACCGGCGCGUCCCGGGAGCCCAAAACCACCGCCCUCGGGUGCAGCCUCUUGGCUCCCUUUUAGGCUCUGGGUUUCUUUCUUCGCUUCUUCUCUCUGUUGCCUGUGGCGCUUUUUCUUUCGACCCUUCAGGAGAAGCUGGCUGUGUUCUUCAGCUGUAUUUUGGAUGGGAUUUUCUUUUUCUCCAUUGUCAUCCAUAGAAAUUGGUGAAUAUUUUUAGUGCUAAGGCUUCAUCUUCCACCAGAUGUCUUUCUGUCUGACUGAGAUGUUCGUGUGGUCUUUGAAGACUAACUUGCGUAUUAGAGAUGAAGAUAUUGGGAUCCAUCAGUACUGUGACAAGAAAGAGCCAGCAUCACAGAUGAAGCCUGGUUACUUAGAAGAGAAGCAAAAGCUAGCAGAAUCUCGAGAUUAUCCUUGGCUACUGAAAAACAAGCGACCAGACAAACUGCGAGAUACACUCAAGGAGGUAGAGGACUUAAUGCAAAACAGUCAAUGUAUGCUGAGCAAAUGGAGGAACAAACAUAUGUGUCAGCUCCUCUUUCACUCAGGUAUAUUGGUGUCCCUAAGCCUUUCUGGGCCACAGCUGGAGAAGCUGGUGAUUGACAGGACCCUGGUGGGGAAGCUCAUCUCCGACACCAUCAGUGAUGCUGUUCUCACAGACAAUUUCAUCAUCCUGUCAUUUGAGGACCAUAACCAGCUCUGCUUUAUUCAGUUUACAAAGAAGAUGGAUUCUUCUGAUGUAAACAAAAGGCUGGAAAAACUCUCUUGCUUGGACUUUAAGAUUUCUUACAUUGAUUUACUUGGACCACAAGGUAGAAGGAUGAAACGUCACCUGGCAAUAAACAGUAUGCAAGAUAUGGUCAUUUGCUGGUGGUCAGCAACUAGUGAUGGAGCAUGGCCUUGGUCUCCUAUUUCCUGUGAGAGGGACAGAGCCAAUUUAUUUCUAUUAGGCUGUGCACAUGGCAAAUUGGAGGUUUUGAGUUAUGUGCGUACAGAAUGGGAUCCUCUUGAUGCCAGCUUCAGCACCAAUCAGCCUCAUCAGAUUUACACAGUAGAACACUCCAUCUCCACAGACAAAGCACCCAUGGCUGACAGCUGCCUCUACAAAUGUGUAAAGAACAAAAUUCAGUGUGCAACAGUCACUAGAAUACCACUGCCCUCCAAGGCCAUCAGCUGUUGCAGAGAUGCUACAGAAGACAAACUAGUCCUGGGUUGUGAAGAUUCAUCAAUAAUUCUGUAUGAAGCCUACAACCAAGUGACUCUUUUAGCUCAAGCAGAACUGUGUCCUGCUCUAAUAACUUACCACCCUGAUGGAGCCAUCUUCGUGGUAGGCAGCUCCCAGGGGGAGUUGCAACUUUUUGACACGGCACUGAACCCAGUUAAAAUUCAGCUCUUAGCACAGGACUAUUUGCCUGAGACAACUCUGCAAUUCAGUAAACACUUUGAUGUGCCUAGCAGCCUUAUCCAGAUCCAGUGGGCUGCUUCUCAACCUGCAUCUACCAGCAAUGAUGGCACAGAUAUUCAUGAUCUUUUGCUGGUUAGAUUUGACAAAGGACCACUAGGAGUACUUCACUUUAAACUUGGUGUGGUCACAAAAGGACAGCUGGGCCUUGUGGAGAUCAUCCAUCAGUACAUUCGUUACGAUGAGAUACAUGAGGCAAUUAAUGUCCUGAACACCAUGAACUGGAACACAAUGGGUCGUCAGUGUUACAUAUGCUUAAGUGCCAUCGUCAAUCACCUUCUUAAACAAAAGCUUACACCAGAAAGAGAAGCACAGCUCGAGGCAAGCCUUGGAACCUUUUAUGCUCCAACAAGACCCCUCUUGGAUACAACAGUGCUGGAGUACAGGGACCCAAUCAGCAGAUAUGCAAGAAGGUUCUUCCACCACCUGCUCAGGUAUCAAAGAUUUGAAAAAGCAUUUCUGUUAGCUGUUGACAUAGGUGCUCGGGACCUGUUUAUGGACAUCCAUUACCUUGCACUAGAUAAGGGUGAAUUGGCACUAGCUGAAGUGGCAAAGAAAAAGGCUAAUGACAUUGAUGCAGAAUCAAUAACUACUAGAAUUGAACUUCUGGGGCAGUCAGAUGAAGAAGACCCAUCUGAUGGAGCUUUCAUUGAUCAAUCUCCAGUGCACAGAGGAGAACGUGACCCACCUGGUCCUGACCCAGCCAUCAGGCCACCAGCACAGAGCUGCUCCCACAGCCACAGACAAUCAGAGGACGUGGAGCAUAAGCCUGGAGCGGAUGGCAGCACCUCCUCCCCAAUGGGGAAACCCUUUUCCAGCAGCCAGGAAGGAGACUGGAGACAGUGGGUCUCUCAAAGUCGUGCACUUCGGGCUGGUGUGACAGAGCACGGGAUGCCCUUCCUGCCAAAGCAGAAAAGGAAAAACCUCACCGAGGUAAAAAAGUUCACAGGAAGUCCUUCAGCAAAAUUCCAGCCAUCCCUGCAUCUGGCCACCAGCAGAAAAUGA